CAAGUAUGGCAACUUUUUGAUAGGCACUGACAUGAUAACACUUAUCACAAAUAUUUAAUUGUGUAAAUAAUUUCGUUUCCAAGAGCAUUGAGCAGUACGUCUCUUGAAUCAGUACUUAAAAACAUACUGACGUAAUAUCUCGUGUGUUGAUAAAACUAUUUUGUCAAUGCCACAAAACGUAAUACUCGUUAACACUAUUUUAGACGUUGUUUUUGUAUCAAAUAUUUUAGUUAAGAAAGUUUCAUCUUAUACACGCUGGUGACGAAAUAUCUCAUCGGGUUUUGUUAAACAAACAACAUGGAUUCUAUACCAGAAGACUCAAAAUGCAUUGUAGAAACAAAAGAUGGCCCUGUUUGUGGAUUAAUUGAUAAGAAUGAUGAAGGAACUUAUUAUAAAUUUAGUAGUAUCCCUUAUGCCAAACCUCCCCUCGGCCGCCUGAGAUUUUUGCCUCCAUCGCAAAUCGAACCAUGGAAGCAGGUACUUGAUGCCACUAAAGAGGCACCUUUGCCUUUAUGUUUAAUCCCUAACAAAAGUAUAAAUGGUUCUGAAGACUGCCUAUACAUAGAAGUUUCUACUCCAAGUACGCAACCUGCAAAGCCCAUGCCUGUUAUGUUCUGGAUAGGGACAUAUGCAUAUACAGGAAUUCUGGACAAUGUAUUUGAUCCUUCACUUAUCAAUGAUCAAGAAGUUGUAUUUGUUAGAUGUGGAUUUCGAAUAGGACCCUUUGGCUUCCUCUCUAUUAAUGAUUUUACAGCCCCUGGUAAUUGUGGACUGAAAGAUGUAGUAAUGGCCCUGAAAUGGGUUCAAAAAAACAUAAGUGCCUUUGGUGGUGAUCCAGAUAAUGUAACUAUAUUUGGGGGUUCGUCUGGAGGAGCUAUAGUCCACCUAAUGAUGUUGUCCCCAAUGGCAACAGGUCUUUUCCAUAAGGCAAUCAUACAAAGCGCUAGUGCAUUAAAUAAUUGGGCAAUAGCCAAAAAUCCCUCUCAGGCAGUUAUGGACCUUGCAAAUGAAUUGAAAAUAACAAAAACUUCUAGUGUAGAAGUAGUUGAAGAGUUACGCUCCUUACCUGCGGAGGACAUUAUGAAUGCAUUUUUUAAUAUGAAUUUUGAAGCCAGUUUGAUGACUAACCAAGAUGUUAUUGAUGCAAUCUUUAAACCAUGCAUUGAAGUUGAUUUUGAGGGCCAACCUGCGUUUAUCACAAAAAGUCCGCUUCUCAUCAUGAAGUCCGGUAAUUUCAAUAAAGUGCCAUUAAUAAUCGGAAGCAAUAAUAUAGAGGCUGCUUUAUUUGAAUUCAUAAAAGAAGACUUUUACUCAGAUUACGAAAAGUUUAACGAAAACGCUAGUCUUUUAGUACCAAGAUCAUUGGCGAGAGAAGAUAAAUUGACAAAAGUCAUAGGUCAUCAAUUACUCAAAUUUUAUUUGGGUGGAGAAGAACAUUUACGGGAAGACACAAGAACACAAUAUUUACAAUUGAUAAGUGAUUAUUUUUUUAUAUAUUAUGUUAAUAAAACUGUAAGAAUACACAGUAAUAUGGCACCAAAUUGCCCAAUAUAUUAUUACAUUGUUAAUUAUGCUGGUGAAUGGUCAGUACCCAGAGACAUGAGAUUUUUAAACUCUGCUGGUCAUUGUGCAGAAAUUCCAUUUAUAUUCCGCCUUAGAUUGCCAGAUAUUUGCAAAGGUAGCAGAGAUUCAAUGACAACAAGGAGACGAGUAGUCAAAAUGUGGACAAAUUUUGCUAAAACCAGUAAUCCAACACCUGAUGAGAGCGACGGACUAUUGAAAAUAACUUGGGAUCCUGUUGAAAAUCAAGAUAAGCUAAACUACCUUAGCAUUGGGUCAGAGCUUACUAAAGGUAGAAACCCUUUUGAAGAAAGAAUGAAAUUCUGGGAUUCUCUUCACCAAGAACAUGCGUUUCUAAGAACACUUGUUUAUUUCAAUGACAUAGGUGUAUCAUGGUAACACAAACUCAUUAGAUUGUAGGUAAGCUUUAGAUACGUUUUUUUUUACACAUAUUUGUUAAGUGUUCGUGUAUUUACAACUGUUAAGUCACUGUUUCUCUUUGUGAUGUUGAUUGUUGGAGAUUAAAAAUAAAUGUAUUUUUUUAUACAAAUUCUUUACAAAAUAUUAUAAGCGUAAAAUUCACAGAAACCAGAUAUCAUGUAACAAGAACCUCCAGAAUUUAAAGCUACGCGGAAAAAGAAAUAUUAAUACAGCAAUAUCAAUCCCAA